GGAUUUGGAGAACUAAUUUUAAUUGCAAAAAUUUCGUUAUUGUUUGAAAGAAAACAGUUAUAAAAUGGUGGCACAAUCAGCCAAAAGUUGCCAAAAUGUCUUGGCCCGCCAGCUCAUCUAUCAUCAUCUUCAUCCUGAUCCUUACCACGACUUCUCUGUGCAAACACCAGGACGAAGAUCAGGAUGAUGAUCCACUAUUUUCCUACACAGUUCCUGCAACAAAUAGUUCCGAAAACAUCUUCCAUAACCAGAAACACGACUACAACCAUGUCAUCAACCAGCUAAAGCACAUAAUUUCGGAGAAGAUUUCACAAAUUCCGAAGAAUGUAACCAGGAUUGUCCAGAAGCUCAAGAAUAUUACGCAUGUCGACCAUGAUAAGGGAGUGAUGACGACUGUUCAUGAGGUUAGUACAUCAACUUGUCCGAAUGAUAAAGAAACUUCUGAAGAUGCUACUACUGAGUUGGCAACUGAAAAGAGUACAACAACGAUGGCAACUGAAAGAACUACAACAACAAUGGCAACUGAAAGAGUUGCAACAACUUUGGCGACUGAAAAAACAACUGUUGAUCAUGAUGAAUCAACAUCGACCACCAAGCAUGAUGAUCUUCCGAAGCACAAGUUAAGAGCAGAUAUCACAUCCAUAGUUGUCAGUAUAAACAGUUCUUUAGACAAUGUGCAGAAUGACACCUGUGAUUUGGACGAGAACAACAUCUACAGGUUGCCCAGAAAUGUGGUUCCUCAACAUUACCAUUUGAACCUGAUCACUUACCUGGAUGAGGCCAUGAACUAUUCGUUUAGUGGACAAGUUGCCAUUGCGGUUAGAUGUGUUCGUCCAACAAAAGAAAUCAUCCUGCACGCCCUCGAGCUGGAUAUCGACGAAAAAACCUCAGUGUUGGAAAUCAUGACCAACCAUGUGGAACGCAAACAAAAGUCCACCAACAACACCUUGGCCUGGAUCGACCGUGAGAACCUGGUCAAAAGUGCAGGGUACUUGCCAAAAGUCAAUGAAACCGCUCAGAACGACUUCUAUAGAAUUGAACUCAAUCAGGAAAUGAAUGUAGGAGAAACUUAUGUGGUGAUGAUAAAAUUUACUGGACUGAUUAAGGAGACCCUGUCGGGAUAUUAUAGAUGCAGUUAUAAGAAGGAGAAUGGUGAAAAAGAGUGGCUUUCGGUGACCCAAUUUGAACCCACAGAUGCCAGGAGGGCUUUUCCUUGUUUUGAUGAACCUGACAUGAAGGCAACUUUUGAUAUUAAUUUGUUACAUCGAAAAAAGUACAGGGCUAUCAGUAAUGCACCAGCUGCUAGCAUCACUGAAAUGAUGGACAAUCCAGAUUGGCUGUGGACGAAUUUCACAACAACUCCAAAAAUGUCGACAUACCUGGUGUUUUUCAUGGUCUCGGAUUUUGAAGUUAGGGAUGUUACAAAAUUUGAUUACAAAUUUGAGGUCUACGCUAUGCCAAGGGCCAUCAACCAGACCAAUUUUGCCCUCAGAGAGUCUCCAAACAUCCUCAACGAAUUGACCCAGUAUUUAUACACACCAUAUGCCCUCCAAAAGUGGCCCGUUAAAAUGAUUGCAGUGCCGGAAUUUUCUGCAGGUGCUAUGGAGAAUUGGGGAGCAGUGACUUUUAGAGAGUCUUUACUCCUGUACGAUGAUGUUGCGAGUGACACCAAGAGUAGAUAUUCGAUUGUUUCGGUGAUUGCCCACGAACUGACCCACCAGUGGCUGGGCAACCUAGUCACCCUCAAAUGGUGGUGGAAUGAUUUAUGGUUGAACGAAGGGGUAACCACCUACGUCACUGGUCUAAUAGUGGAGCAAGUGCAUCCAGAAUGGAACUCUCUUCUGGAAAACACUGCCAAAACGGUCAUGAGUUUGCUGGAAGUCGACUCUUUGAAGGGAUCCCAUCAGGUGUCUGUAAAAAUUGCUAAUCCAAAUGAUAUUGGCCAGAUUUUUGAUUCUAUAUCGUACAGUAAAGGAAGUAUGAUUUUGAGGAUGCUGGAUUUGAUUUUGGCUGAUAAUAUAUUCAGGCUAGGCUUGAAAAGUUAUUUAUCGGAGCACGCUUAUUCUAAUGCCCAAAAGGACGAUUUAUGGAAGCACCUAUCAGCAAGUUAUAGAAAGAAAGAAUUGGACAAAAAUGAAACCAAGUGCACACAGGACGACCUCAAAAUUUUGAGCAGGGAUGAUGGAGUAAAAACUAUAAUGGAUUCCUGGACUCUGCAGACUGGUUAUCCCCUUAUUAACGUUAAAAGGAACUAUGAGAAAGACACUGCCUACAUCACACAGGUAAAGGAUGAUUCUUCUGACAAUAAACAAUGCUGGUACGUUCCUUUAAGUUACACCACUGAAUCAGAGAAAGACUUCAACAACACCAGGCCCAGGAAGUGGUUGGUCUGUCCAGAAAAUAUGAAGUACGACAGGAAAAGGAAUCUGAGGAGUGAUAAUAUGAUUAGUUUGGGAUUCGAUAAUAACAGUACUGAUGAUGAGGAAGAUGAUUAUAGUUAUAAUAAGACUGGUGCAGAUGUCUUGAAGAAGAAUUAUGCUGUUGGUGCUGGUGCUGAUGAAGAUGUCGAUUUGCCAGGGACUGCCACAUUGAAGGAUAUGCCGGGGAAGGAUCAGUGGGUUAUAUUUAAUAUACAAAUGGCAGGUAUCUACAGAGUGAAUUACGAUUUGCAAACUUGGGAGAAAUUAAUUUUAUAUCUUCAAUCAGAAAAUUAUGACAAAAUACACAUUUUGAAUCGAGUACAACUCAUUGAUGAUUCUCUGGACUUGGCCUGGACUGGAGAUCAGGAUUAUUCUGUAGCUUUAAAACUGGUCUCAUAUUUGAAACAAGAAACAGAAUAUAUAGCUUGGAACUGCGCAUUAAAAAAUUUGGCCAAGCUUAAAAAAGCUUUGAUGUAUGGGGAUGAGUUUCCUCUGUUUGAGAAAUAUAUAAGCCAAUUUAUAUCACCAAUGUAUGAACGAUUGGGUGGUAUUUCUCAUCAGUUAAAAAUCAAAAAGGGCAAAUCGGCAGAAAGAGAAAAUCUCACAGACCAUUCUCGGCCUGAAGACAUUGUGAAACACCGAAUCCUGAUCUCGUCCUGGGCAUGCAGAUAUGCAAUUUCAGAUUGCAGACAAAAGGCAGUAUCGUAUUUUGAAGAAUUCAUGAACGCUCACAAAACUAAAAGUGACAGGGCAGCUGAUGUGAUUCCUGCAGACAUUGUGUCUAUAGUUUACUGUACUGCUGUUCGAUUUUCAGACCAGGUGAAUAAGAAAAUUAGGAGUAAAACAUCUGAUGAUACCAGAAGAAAAGGUUUUCACAAUCAUCCGGUGGUCAGAACUUACGGCACAAAUAAAAAUAAUACUGAUAAAAAUUCUUCUUUAUCAUUUGAACUUUUAACAGACGAAUGUACCAGCCAAGAUGUAGAGAACGUAACAUCAUCUAGUGCUUUUGAAUUUUUAUGGAAUUUAGCUGGAGAUAGUAAUCUGGCACAGACGCAAGUUUUGGCUAUUUUGAAGGCUUUGGCUUGCACUACGGAUAAAGAUAAGGCUCUCAGAUAUUUGAACGCUUCUUUAGAUCGCAAUAGUUUUAUCAGGAGACAAGAUGCCCAACUUGCAUUCUCGGGUGUUGCUUCAAACUCUAAAACUUUUAUGGUGGCCAGAAAGUUUCUAUAUGAAAGAAUCAAAGAUAUAUACGAAUAUUUGGGUCCGAAUUCAAAUAAAUUGGGCAGUUAUGUGGAUGCAGUAGCGGAUCAGAUCACAACACAGAAAGAUUAUGAUGAGUUGGUGGAGUUCACAAAGCAGAAUGCAAAAUAUUUAGCACGUUCUCAACUGAUUAUUAAAAAAUCAUUAGAAAGUGCCCAAUUAAUGAUACAUUGGCAACAAAAGCAUUACGAUAGAGUAAUAAAACUUUUAAAGGAAUAUACGCAAGAUUAA